UUCAGCUUUUCCCCUCCGAUACGCAGCUGAUGGCGGCAUUCAGGGAGCUGUGAUGAACGAGUGUUAAUAAACCGCGUAUUUACCAUUCGACCCAAAUACAAAAAUCGACAUGUAUUCGCGUAUGUUGAUUAGAGGUACAGCUGCCGCUGUGGCUGCGAGAAGAAUUCGUUAUAUUGUGGGACCUGUUAUGUCAAAGGGUUUGAAGUGCGGAGGGCUUGAGGUCAAACACCUAAACAGCUCUACAGGUGACACUGUGACGAUAGGAGACAUCAAGUACCAGCUCAAGACUCCCAAGAACCCUGAGCUUGUUCCAGUAAAUCACACGUCCGAGUCCCUCCCACAGGCAGUAGCACAGCACCUUCGCUGGAUCAUGCAGAAGGACCUGCUUGGCCAGGAUGUGUUUCUCAUCGGCCCCCCUGGGCCCCUGCGCCGCUCGGUUGCCAUGCAGUAUCUGGAGCUGACCAAGCGGGAGGUGGAGUACGUGGCCCUGUCCAGAGACACAACCGAGAGUGACCUCAAACAGCGCAGGGAGAUCCGCUCCGGCACCGCCUUCUACAUAGACCAGUGUGCGGUGCGUGCGGCGACGGAGGGCCGCAUCCUGGUCCUGGAGGGUCUGGAGAAAGCCGAGCGCAACGUCCUGCCCGUGCUGAACAACCUGCUGGAGAACCGCGAGAUGCAGCUGGAGGACGGGCGCUUCCUCGUGUCUGCCCAGCGUUACGACGCGCUGCUGCAGGAGCAUGCCAAAGAGGAGCUGGACGCGUGGAAGAUCGUCCGCGUGAGUGAGGAUUUCCGCGUCAUUGCGCUGGGGCUGCCUGUCCCGCGCUAUAAAGGCAACCCUCUGGACCCACCCCUGCGCUCCCGGUUCCAGGCCAGAGAUGUCUACUACCUGCCCUUCAAGGACCACCUUGAUCUUCUGUACCAAGCCGGACCACGUGUGCCAGCUGAAAGAGUUUCUCAGCUCUUGUCGUGUGCUACGACUCUCUGCUCUCAAGAAUCCGCCAGCCUGGGCCUUCCUGAUUUCCCUGUGGACAGUUUGUCAGCUGCCGUCCAAGUGCUGGACCUUUUCCCCAUGGUCUCCACUCAGCAGCUCAUCCUGAGAUUGUACCCCUACCAGACCAUGCUGGGCACGGAAGGCCGUACUGCUGUGGAGGGUGUGCUCCGUCGCUUUGAGCUGCUGGAUGGGACUAGGCAGGCGUCUCCGCAGGCUGUGGUGUGUGUGGAGCAGGGGCAGGGUGUGAUCCCGGGAAAGGCAGCAGUCACCCUCGGGAUUGCUGACACAACCGUCACCAUCCAGGUUCCCGCGGGACAGCGAGCGCCUCGUCCGGCCAACGCGAGCGCCACCUUCAUCAGCACCCCUUCACACGCCCGCAUGCUCGCCGAGAUGAUGCAAUCUCACCUCGUCAAGGACAUUUGCCUCAUUGGGCCCAAGGGCUGUGGCAAAUCGGCAAUUGCCAGAGAGUUUGCUGAGAUUCUGGGCUACAGCACUGAACCCAUCAUGCUCUAUCAGGAUAUGACAGCACGGGACCUGCUCCAGCAAAGGUACACUCUGCCUAACGGUGACACGGCGUGGAGGCCGGCCCCGCUAGUCAGCGCGGCGCGGGAGGGCAAGCUGGCGGUGUUGGACGGCAUCCACCGGGUCAACCUGGGCACCCUCGCUGUACUGUCCAGGCUGCUUCACGAGAGAGAGCUGACCCUGUACGACGGCUCUCGGCUGCUGAGGUGGGACCGCUACCGGGCCGUUAAAGAGGAGCUCCACCUGACGGACCAGCAGCUCCAGGACAGGUGUGUCUUCCCUGUCCACCCGGCAUUCCGCAUCGUGGCGCUGGCCGAGCCGCCCGUGGUAGGCAGCAGCUCACAGCAGUGGUUGGGCCCUGAGGUUCUCACCAUGUUCCUCUUCCACACGGUCGGAACCCUGGCCAGGGAUGAAGAAGCUGCCAUCAUUCACGGCACGACCCCCCAUGUCCCUGGAGAAGCAAUGGAGCAGCUGUUGCAGCUCACACACAACCUGAGACAAACCAAAGACCCGACAGCCCAGUCUCUGGCCUCCUCGCUGUCCACCAGGCAGCUGCUGAGAAUCUGUCGCCGUCUGUCUCAGUAUCCUGAGGAAAGCGUUGCUCACGCUGUGAAUAAAGCCUGUCUGUCCAGGUUCCUGCCCAGUCUGGCACGCUCCUCUCUGCAGAAGAACCUGUCAGACUGCUUGAUAGAGGAGCGCACUGACCCAGCAGCGGAGCAGAAAGAAGACCACACCUGUGUGGUAAGAGAUGGCAUUCUCACCCUUGGCAGGAUCUCUGCUCCGGUCUACAGCCCUGAGGAGAAGACCAAGGUCCCUGACGUGCUGUUUUAUGACAACGCCCAGCACAUGAUGGUGAUGGAGGACAUGCUGAAGGACUUCCUGCUGGGGGAACAUCUCCUGCUCGUGGGCAACCAGGGUGUGGGUAAAAACAAAAUAGUGGACAGAUUCCUGCAUCUCAUGAACAGACCCAGAGAAUAUCUGCAGCUCCACCGAGACACCACAGUGCAGACGUUGACUCUACAGCCCUCGGUGAGGGAUGGGAUCAUUGUGUAUGAGGACUCCCCUCUGGUGAGAGCGGUGAAGCAAGGCCACGUCCUGGUCGUAGACGAGGCAGACAAAGCUCCCACUAAUGUCACCUGCAUCCUGAAGACCCUGGUGGAGAGCGGCGAGAUGGUCCUGGCUGAUGGGCGACGGAUCGUUUCAGAUCCUCUGGAUGCUGUGGAGAGGCCUGGAGUCAUAGCCAUGCACCCAGACUUCCGCAUGAUCGUUUUAGCUAACAGACCGGGGUUUCCCUUUUUGGGAAACAACUUCUUUGGCGCGCUGGGAGACAUCUUUAGUUGCCAUGCGGUGGACAACCCCAAACCCCAGGCCGAGUUCUCCAUGCUGAAGCGUUACGGGCCGGAUGUUCCGGACGUCGUACUGCAGAAGCUGGUGGCCGCGUUUGGAGAGCUGCGCACCAUGGCAGACCAAGGCACCAUCAGCUACCCCUACUCCACACGUGAGGUGGUGAACAUCGUCAAACACCUCCAGAAAUUUCCAGAAGAGGGCCUGGCUAAUGUGGUGGGGAACGUAUUUGACUUUGACUCCUACAACAAAGACACCAGGGAGGUUCUGGUCACAGCUCUGCAUAAACACGGCAUUCCUAUCGGAGCCAAACCCACCAGCGUCCAUCUGGCCAAGGAAUUGCCUUUGCCAGACUGUAAGAUGGUUGGAUAUUGGACCGUUACCCAGGAAUCUAGCACCUGCAGGAACCUGCUGUGCCCUACCGAGUCCCGUCGUAUAGAUAUCAAGGGCCCUGUGUUCCUGCGAGUGCAGGGGUAUCCACUGGAGAGGCACGAAGCCCGGGCCCUGAACUUCACAGAGGAGCGCGCCCAUUGGCAGAUCCCCAUGAACGAGGCCAACAUCAUCUGUGACGUCACCACCGCUAACGGUGUCAUUUACGUGGCCUCAUGUAACCCUGUGGGGCUGUACGCCAUGCGGGACGGGGCAGAUGAGCUGCGCUGCAUCGAGCUGUACGACGUCUUCCCUCGCUCCAUCAGUGCAGUCUGGCAGCCCUUCAUCACCGUGGCAACUCUGGGAGGCCCACUCGAUGGACAGGUGGUGCUUCAUGAGGAACAGAGCAACACAGUGUUGCAUCUGGACCUGGUGACUGGGGCCGUGAGGAGACUGGUCUUGUCCCAAGCCAAAGAGGAAGGACCUGUGUACAAAAACUCCACCUGGUGGAACACCAAAGACAGUCAGUCGGGGUACCGAAUUUGCCGGGAGUUUGCUCACAAGAACUGGCUCCUGUUCUACAAGGCUGAUGGGACUUGGCUGGAUGUCCUGGAUGUGCUGCAGGGCCAGGUCCACACCAUCUCUCUUCCCAUCAGCCUGAGGGCUGUGUUCCUGGUGACCGAGGACCACUGGCUUCUCAUUGAAAGCAAGACUGACAGGAAGUUCCUGUUGACCAAGCCCACGCACAUGGGCACGGAGGAGCCUGGCGUAUGUCAGCUGCACACCGUCAGCGAGGAGGGCAUCAGCACGGGCUUUGGCACCAGCUCCGGAGCAGAGCCUGCCGUCCCUCACGAGGUCUCCAGUGAGCAGCUCCCUAACGAGAACCUCAGCGCAGCCCUGGGGCAGAAGAUCGUCUCGCCCAACCGCCUCGUCUGCAGCCCGUCCGCCUACGCUGACAUCGUUGUGGGCUUUCCGGAGCUCCUUUCUCCGAGUGAGGUGUACAGCUUUAAGAGGGCACGGUCUCUCACAGAGGGCAGAGGUCGCGACCUGUUUUUUGGCUCAAGUCACCGCUCAGGACCAGCAAAGAGGGUCAACUGUGUCACUCUGGUGCAAGCCAAUCAGGUGGUGCGUGCUCUGCCCCCUACCCAGGUGCCCCUGGGGGACAUUUAUCCUAAAGACGUCACCCCACCAAUGACAGCAGCUUACCUGGAGGUGACAGAUCUGAAUUCCAAGAAUGUCAAAUAUAUACCAGUGCCAAGGACCGGGUCGAUGUCUCCCUACACGGCAUGGAUCUCGAAAUUGUCCGACACUGAUGUGGUGAUCGCUCCGUUGGGCUCUGGCGGGGUAGUAACUGUGGACAUGGGAGGCUAUGUGAGGCUGUGGGAGACAGGCUUGGACAAAUUGCAGCGCUCGCUGCUGGAGUGGAGGAACAUGAUUGGCUCUGAGGAUGGUCGUCCUAUACAGAUCACCGUUCAGAGAGACAGCGGCCUUGAUGCCAACUCGCCAAAGCAUGGCAAAACCGACCCCAACAACGCACCCCACAUCGGAGGCAACCAGUGGGCAGGGGCCACUGGCGGUAGGGACACAGCGGGGCUCGGGGGGAAGGGAGGACCCUAUCGCCUGGACGCCGGACACAAGGUCUACCAGGUGUCCCAGGAGGAGAAGGACGCGGUGCCCGAGCACGUCAAGAGAGCCGCACGAGAAAUGGCCGAGAAGGCCUUCAAAGAGAGGCUGAAGGAGAUUGCGAUGAGUGAGUACGAUGCAGACACCUACCAGCGCAUCUCCAGCGCCGUGCGCCGGCAGGUCCAGUCCCUACGCAUCAUACUGGACAGCCUGCAGGCUAAAGGGAAGGAGAGACAGUGGCUAAAGAACCAGGCGCUUGGAGAGCUGGAUGACGCGAAGAUCAUAGAUGGGCUGACUGGAGAGAAAGCCAUUUACAAGCGCAGAGAAGAGCUGGAGCCGGAGCUGGGCUCUCCACAGCAGAAGCCCAAGCGCCUGCGUCUGCUGGCUGACAUCUCGGGCAGCAUGUACCGCUUCAACGGCGUGGACGGACGUCUGGAGCGCUCCAUGGAGGCUGUCUGCAUGGUGAUGGAGGCCCUGGAGAGCUAUGAGCACAAGUUUAAGUAUGACAUCACAGGCCACUCAGGCGAUGGCUUUAACAUUGAGCUGGUCACGUGCGAUAAAGUGCCCAAGAACAACAAACACAGACUUAAGGUUCUGAAGACCAUGCAUGCACACUCUCAGUUCUGCAUGAGUGGUGACUACACACUGGAAGCGACAGAGCACGCUGUGCGAGAGCUUGCCUGUGAGGAGGCCGAUGAGCACUUCGUCAUCGUGCUGAGCGAUGCCAACCUGGAGCGCUAUGGCAUCAACCCCGAACGGUUCGCCCGUGUCCUCACCGCAGAGCCACAGGUUCACGCCUUCGCCAUCUUCAUCGGCUCUCUGGGGGACCAGGCACAGAGGCUCCAGAGGACGCUACCAGCAGGACGCUCUUUUGUUGCCAUGGACACUAAGCAGAUCCCCCAGAUCCUGCAGCAAAUCUUCACGUCCACUGUGCUGUCCAGUGCGUGAGCGCACCAGACCCCCAGCAGGUGCUCCAGGACUGAGAGGGCUGCCCCCUGCCCCACGUCUGCAAGGGAGGCUGUGGUGGGCUUGCUUGCAUCCUAUCAGGGAUUAUUAAUCAGCAAAUAAUUACCUGACAUUAGAAUGUAUUUCCUAAAGAUAGGAGUUAUGAGUAAUACAUUGUUAAUACAUUUUAAUUUUCUUUUUUCUUUGAUUGAGAAUUUCAUGAAAAUUUCUUUUGAUUUAUGUCAUCUUAUGUUUUGUUUUAUUUUUUAAAGAGGCCAUGGUUGUGUAAAACCUGUUAGUUUUCACUCUUGUUUAUCUGGGAUUUCCCAGGAUCCUCUCCUUGCCCCGUGAUUUCAGGGUGGGCCCCUCCUGUACGUGGCAGGGAAAAGGCAUUCCCUAACUCCAGUGCGUCUCCUCCAUAAAACCUCCUGAUCUGAACAUGUCCUGUAGCCCCUCCAGUGUCUGUGUGCAGGGCUUUAGCAGGGUCAGUGCUCACAUCCACAGCAGACUUGAAACCAGCUCGCGUUAACGGAAAAGCAGAAACAGAAAAGUCAAUAAGAAGCCCAGAUGAAGCGUGUGCAGUUUUGGCAGACAGAGCCAAUCUAUUUUUACUAGUGUGGAUUAUAGUCUUUUGUGUGUCCCGUGUUGUCCUGAGUUUCCUGUCUCUCCCAAC